AUUAAUCCUUGGGAAAAAUGAACCCAGAAGUGUCGCCUUAUCCACCGCAGCCGGGAUUUGCAAAGCCGAUUUAUCCGAAUCUUCCACAGCCAGAUUUUUCGCAACCACCUUAUCCGUAUCCCACGGCUCCAGAAGUUCCUCCACCGCCUCCAUAUACUUCAGAGCCACUUCAGACCACUGCUGAACCUGUUGUCACUCUAGUUCAGCCAGCCGUAAACUAUGGCCCUGAAUCGAUGCAUGUCACUUGUCCUCAUUGUCGUGCUGAAAUUUCAACGAGAGUUGAAACUGAACCAAACUUAAAAACUCACAUGAUUGCAUUGCUACUCUGUCUCUUCCAAUGUUGGUUCUGCGCUCCUUGUGUUUAUUGUAUAGACGGCUGCUUAGUGAAGAAACAUUACUGCCCUGCAUGCGAGCAAUAUCUUGGAUCCUGCGAAAAUUGAUAGUUUGUUUUUAUUUUCUACUGUUGUGCAAUCAAUAAUCAUACAUUGUUUUGUAUGGAUAUAUAUACAAGAAUUUAAUUAAUUUUUAUGCUGAUGUACAUACAAUUAUUAAUUAUUAUAAAUUUUAAGACAGA